AUGGCUUACUCUAAGAUCACUUUGCUAGCCGCCCUUGCUGCUAUUGCUUACGCCCAGACUCAACUACAAAUCAACGAAUUGAACGUUGCUUUGGACGAUGUUAAGUCCAACAUUGCUGACUACAUCAACUUGUCCUUCACACCAAAUUCAGGAUUCUCCUUGGACCUAAUGCCAGCCGGUAUUAUGGACAUUGCUGCCGAGUUGGUCACAGCCACUGAUGAUUCUUACACCACUCUAUACUCUGAGGUUGACUUUGCUGCCGUUGAGGCUAUGCUGACUAUGGUGCCAUGGUACUCUUCUAGAUUGCUUCCACAAUUGGAAGCAUUGGAUGCUUCUCUUACUUCCUCUGCUGCCUCAAGUUCCACUGAAGCCACUACUUCUGUUGUUACAUCUUCAACGGAAGCCGCCAGCUCCUCUGCUGUCUCUAGUUCAACCGAAGCUGUUAGCUCCUCUGCUGUCUCUAGUUCAACCGAAGCCGCUACUUCUGUUGUUACAUCUUCAAGUGAAGUUGCUAGCUCUUCCGCUAUUGCUUCAUCUUCAGUUGUUUCCUCUUCAACUGAAAUUGUCAGCUCUUCUGCUGUCGCUUCAUCUUCAGUUGUUUCCUCUUCAACUGAAAUUGCCAGCUCUUCUGCUGUCGCUUCAUCUUCAGUUGUUUCCUCUUCAACUGAAAUUGCCAGCUCUUCUGCUGUCGCUUCAUCUUCAGUUGUUUCCUCUUCAACUGAAAUUGCCAGCUCUUCUGCUGUCGCUUCAUCUUCAGUUGUUUCCUCUUCAACUGAAAUUGCCAGCUCUUCUGCUAUCGCUUCUUCCUCAGUCGUUGCUUCUUCAACCGAAGCCGCUAGCUCAAUCAUUGCCCCUUACAACUCCACCGCCGUUAGCUCUUCUACUUCCGUUGAAACCUCCAGCUCAAGCAUUGCUCCUUACAAUACCACCACAGGUGCUAGUUCUUCUGCUUCCAGUGUUAUUAUUUUGACUAGAAACGGUACCACUGUUACUGAAACUGCUAACACCCUUGUCACCAAGGAAACUACCGUCUGUGACUACUCCUCCACAUCUGCUGCUCCUGUUUCCACCACCGGUUACAACAAUUCUACUGAAGUUUCAACUGCUACUGUCUGCAGUACAUGCAAAGAAGGUACUUCUACCGCAACUGACUUCUCUACGCUAAAGACUACAGUUACCGUCUGUGACUCCGCUUGUCAAGCCAAGAAGUCUGCUACUGUCUGCAGCACGUGCAAAGAAGGCACCUCUACUGCAACUGACUUCUCUACGCUAAAGACUACAGUUACCGUCUGUGACUCCGCCUGUCAGGCCAAGAAAUCUGCUACCGCUGUCAAGGUUCAAUCCACAGCCGCUGUCAAGGUUCAAUCCACAACUUCUGGUAUCGUUGAACAAACCGAAAACGGUGCCGCUAAGGUUGUCAUUGGUAUGGGUGCCGGUGCUUUAGCCGCUGUAGCUGCCAUGUUACUAUAA